UGAAAUUGUCAAUAACGUACGUUAGAUUUGUUGUUGGAAUGUGUGUGCAAUGUCGAAAGAAAAUAAUAAUUUGCGGUUAAUGGGCUCGCCUGUGAAUUUGUCUUAUAGAAGUAAGAAGAAAGACGACAAAAGAAAUAUUCGGAAUCGACCACGAUCCGCUUUACAAAGCACUGUUUGUAUUACGCCGGAUCAUCCAGAAAGGUACAAGAGACCAUUCUCAGCUGAUACCAAAGACCGGGCCCCAACAACCAGAAACUUUUUAAAAGCAUUCAGUGCUGAGCUACUGCAGUCAUAUAACAAUUCUCCAACCACUACUAUAAAAAUAGUAGCACCUACUACUGAUCUACUAAGAGACACAAAAUCCAUUGAACCUCAUUCUAGUAGGAACAAAGAAAUAUGUAGUAAUGCUUCAGACUAUGGUUCUGAAGACACCUUCAUUAGUUUAGGAACUAAAAUCAAAGCUAAAGCUCAACUAGGGACGAAGAAAAACGUGAAUUCUAAAAACUUUGUUAAGUAUAGGAACAUAGCUAAAAAGAACAGGAAGUCUAUGGAGAACUCAAUAAACGAAGAUGUGAACCCUCAGGAAUAUGGACUGGAAGUGAAGAUUGUGGAGAGAACCCAUUCCCCAACUAGACUUAAGAAUAUUUAUCACGGCAGGCCUUUGUCGCCCUCGUUCAAGACUCGAGCUUACGAGUCAUAUUUCAUACCACUUGAAGAAGGGAAGAAAAGCUCUGAGUUCGGACAUGGAUCGUACGGCGAAACCAGUAUACAGUCGGAGGUUGAGAAGGCAAUUGAUACGUACAAUCGCCGUCUCACCAUCUCCAAACAACAACUGUCCUUGGUAGAAGAAGAGUCCACGCAAGACCUAGACAGUGUUCCUUCACAGCACAUGUCCAGUUUGUCUCCAGAAAUUUCUCUUGAAGACAAAAUUGCUAAAGGAGACCAUGGUGAUAACUUGACUAAUAAAAACUCUUACGAUUUCAAAGGCGAUGAUUAUCAUAAAAUCACCCAGAGCUACAUUUGCGAAUCGAGGACUUAUACCAGCUUUUUCGAUGAAUUUCGUGCGAACCCUACUGACGAAUAUAAAACUAAAUUAUCUAGUACCGUAGUUCAUACUGAUUCUUCGUCUAAAGACUCUGGGUAUCCUGACAGUGGACCAAAUGAUGAUAGGUUUUACACACAGAACUAUUCUCUGCCAAAUACGUCGAUGCUCAAGAAGUCUAACUCGCAUGAUAAAGUGGAAGAGCAGCCCAAGAGCUUGGAUAGUGUCUCAACGAAUAGCAAUGAUAAAGUGUACCACAAAAGUUAUCUACCUGAUAGAAAUAGUCAAUGGGCUGAGCCAUUGAACCACAGUCGCUUGCUGUACAAAGACUUCUUCCUAAAGAAGGAGGGCCACAUCGCGCUGGCUCCACAAAACUCUCCGAACAAGACCGAGGUACACAUACCUGGUAGUAGUGAAGGAACAGACGAGCUCAAAUCCGAUAAUACUGAAAAUAAUUUAGAUUACCCACCUUAUCUUAUUAACAGUACUACGAAAGCGUACACUUCAAAGGUCAUAGAAGACUAUAAAAAAGAACUGGAAGCUAUAAACAACCUCCACGACCUCACCCUCAAAGACAUACAGACUGACGCCAUAUCUCCCACUCCGCUUAACAUAGACAAGAUGUUCGAAGAUGCAUCCAACUUCGAUGAUAAGAUGGACAAUAGUGAAAAUUCGCAAGAAAGCACUUUGGUAACCCAGCCACCGGUAAAAAUGAAAAAUUCAACUGAUGCUAGACGAGACGUGUCCAAAAUUUCAACAAAGGAACUGAUACAAAACUAUUUGAAAGUCAAAGAAAGUGAUUAUGGGAAUGGAACGAAGAACUUGAAAAAACCUGAUAGGAAAAUAAACAACGGUGCGUCAGGCGAAAGUUCAAUGGGAUUCAAACAAGAAUGGAAUAACAAAAGUCCUAAGGGUGUUGGCAAGAAUCAAAUCCCGGUGAACAUAAGGAACCAAACUCAAAAGAACAUGUUUACUAUUCGGACUCCAAUGAGCGCUAGGAUCGAAAGCGUGCAGCAUGACAAAGAUAUCGAUUCGUGGAUGUCUCUCUCCGCGCCUUCACCGAGGAUCAUUGAAGUUGAAGAAAUUCCAAUAGAAGCCGACCCAAAGCAACCAGAACCUGUAAAGCUUGAGGGAAAUAUUGAAACAGAGAGACCUGCACCUCCUCCGCCUCCUCCUGAUGAUAAGCCUCCAAAAUCGUCGAAAGAACUGAACAACCAGUCCACGGUGUUAGAUAUUUACUCGAUGCUGAAGGAAAUUGAGAGUUACGGCGAGAACCCCGUGGUAGAAGUUACGAAUACUAUUCUAACUGAAACAGAAAGCAAGAAAGAAGAAGAUUUCUCGCCGAAGGAUAACUUUAUGGAAAUAUUUGAGUUCCUGGAGAAAGUAGAGCAGAGUGCCAAUGAUGCUUUAUCCGUAGUUACUAAUACGACUCCUCAAAGUACACCAAAACUGGAGACUCUACUGAAGCUACCUCAGACAGAACUAGCGCAGAGAUUGGUGACAGCCUCACUGCAGCUGGAGGAACGCUCGUGCUGCAUCGCACUACUGCAGGAGAGCCUCGCCAACCAUAAAGAACAGAUGAUAAACAAAGUGAGCAACUUGGAGAAGCAGUCCAACCGUAACAUCAGUAAGGUGAAGCAAGAGUGUGAGAACACCAUCAAGAGACAUCAGAACUUUAUUGAUCAGUUGAUCAAUGACAAGAAGACGCUGAACCAUCGCAUAGAACAGCUGGUGGACGAGCGCCGGGCGCUGGAGGAGCGCUGGAAGAGGUCUGCUCAAGCACUAGAGGAGCGCUACAAACUGGAACUGCGCAACCAACACGACAAGAUGCAGGCUGCGCAACAGGUGGCAAGACAACGCUGGGUGAGGCAGAAAGCAGAAAAGAUCAAGGAGUUGACAGUAAAAGGGCUGGAAGGCGAGCUGAGGGAGAUGGCAGAACGCCAGCAGAAGGAGGUAUCGGACCUGAAGAUGUCUCAUGCGGAGCAGACUGGACGGAUGCAGGCCAAACAUGCACAGGACUUGGAGGACCUCCGGAGAGAGCUCGAGGAGGAGAAAGAGGCAGCUUUGGUUAAGGAGAGACAUUUGGCUAGUUCCAGACUAGAGAAGCAGAUUUUAGAAAUUGAGCUAACCUACCAGGAGCAGCGUACUCGCUUGGUGUCGGAAAUGAGGGCCGAGAACGAAAGAGUAGCCGCCGAACUCGCAGCCAGGGAGAAGGCACAAAGAGAGGAAUUAGAGAAAUGGCGAGAGGAACAAGAGAAAGAAAUGAAAGAGAAACGCAUGCAAAUGGAACUAGAAAUUAUAAAAGAAAGAGAGAAAAUGGAGGAACAAAUAAAACAGAAAGAAGUAGAAAUGAAGCAGCAACUAGAGGAACACAAGAAGCAGUUGGAAGUGGAGCAGCAGUUGCAGAUAAAGCGGAAGACGGCAGAGAUAGCCGCGCAACACAAACACGAGAGGGACAGGGAGAUAGAGAGGGCCAUCGACAAUAUGGAGGCUGAGGCACAGGCCGGCAGGAGGGAACUACAGGAUGCACUCAGGAGGAACAAGGAGCAAUACGAGGCGGAGCUGAAGGAGCUGGCGGAGACGGAGCAGGCCACGCUGCGCCGCUACCAGGACGCGCAGGCCAGGAUACGGCAGACUGAGGACAAGUGUGCUGAACUAGAAGUGACUAUCUCGCAACUGGAGACUCGGAACAGGGUGUUGACUGAAAAGAACACCCAGUUGGAGACUCGUGCGGAUGAGGUGCGCGCCCAAUGCGCGGAGUCCUGGCAGGGCAAGCUGGAAGCCCUGCAGCGGGAGAUCGAGGAGAUGAAGAAGACGCACGAGGAACAAAUGCACCAGCUCUAUGCCAAGGUGAAGGUGGCAGUAGCACGCAAGGACUCUGCAAUACAAGCUCUGACGCGUGAAGCUGGGAAAUACCAGGAGAAGAUCACGCUGCUAGAACAGAAGCUGCAGCAACAGAGGAAAGACUUCUUGCAGAAGAAAUGAAUGGACGCCAUCUUUUUAUUUAGCCAAGUGAGGUGACGAUACAAAAUGUGUUUAGUAGAAAUGAUAGCUUCUUGUGUGCCUUCCUAAUAUAUUUUAAAGGUUCUGAAUGUAUAGUUUGGAAUGGAAAUCGGUGGCGUUUUUUUUAAAUUUGUAUAAACUUAUACUCGUGUCUAGCUUCCAAUUAGGUUAAUUUUUCCAAAUUAUACAAGUUUUUUGUUUUUAUAAUAACUAUCUUGAGACUUACUAAAUUAUCUAAAAAUCACGCCCGACGUCGCCACGUCUGCGCCCGCUGCUCAUGAUGAAGAGUCCCUCUGUGACUCUCUAACUAGUCCCUCUGUGAGCUCUACUAACUAGUAGAGCUUUUCUCCAAUGUCGAUCGUUCAUGGAUCAUGCAUGGAUCGAUCGAUAAUGCUCUACUAGUUAGUAGAGCUUUUCUCCAUUAAUUUACGUGAGUAAACUUUGAAGUUAAUGUAGUUUGUCUCACGAUAGUCAUUAUAAAAACACAGUUAAAUUGAUAUUACUCCUUAAAUGUUCCUUGUUUUGCUUCCUUAUUGUAACAUUUUUACUAUUGACGUACUUAUAGUCUUCUCAGAACCAAAGUCUUCGUUUAGGUAUUUAUUCUUAGGUUAGCCUGUCAGACGUACCUUGAUGAUAUUGUGUACUCGACUGGUGUAUGCGUUUGUGAUUUUUUCUAAAGAACUAAUAUUUAUGGUACAUUUCAGUGUGUAAUGUGGUUUAAAAUUAAGGUUUGUAUAUCUACAAAUUAACUGCCAAUGAUAAAUAGUACGAGAGAGGAUUUUCAAUUGUACUUGAAAAAAAGAUCGCUUGAGUAUCGUUCUAAAACACGGACCAAUAAGGUCGGUGCAAGGACUUUUAUAUAACAUUUUCUACACUUUUGCAACGUACAUAUUUUAUCUUUACACUUCCCUUAGUUUUAAUUCGAGUGAAAUAAUGCAUAAUGAUAACCAUUUUUGCCUUUUACGAAUCGAAAAUUGUGAACUUAAAAUUACUUUUAUAAAUUGUGUACGUAUCUGCUUCCCGGAUUAUAUAUUAAAUCCAAUAUAUUAGUAUUUAAAUUGCUUAAUUUAUAUUGUAAUGUAUCCGUCCAAAAUUAUGUUAUUUUUACUAAUUCUAGAAAGACAUGUGCCUAUUUAUUACCUAAAUACUGUAUCCUUAGUACGAAUUUGCUUUACGUUUAACGAAAUCGAAACGGGACCACAGAGAACGAGAGUACCGUGCUCUGAUUGGCCGGCUCGAAUGAACCAACCAAUCAGACCGCCGAACGUGCUCUCGUUUCAAUCUCUUUAAAUGUCAAACAAACUCGUAGUAAGCCUUCUGGAUUGAAAAUACUCAUAAAAUUACCCACCCUAUUAUUUUUAUCUUAAACUUAUGGUAAAAGAAUUAAUUGUUAAUAUUGUGAUUCUACUUGAAAUGGGUGUCAUCUCAGUGUGUGUUUAAUUUAUUGAGUUAUCUAAUUUAUUGUACUUAUUGUAAUAACAUUCCCACGACGUGCUUGCCAAUAAAUUGUACUAAUAUUUUCAA